AUGGGUAAAAAAGGACAUAAUUUUCGGGAAUUUUUUUAUCUGGCUGAACCCACGACAAAAAAAGCAAAUAAAAAGGCAGCAAAAUUAUGUCGAAACCACCUUCGAAAGUGUCAAAAUUUUGAAGCGGAAUAUAGCAUAGAUAAGGUUUUGGAGAUUCGUGCACAAUCAGUACCUGAAGACACUAAAAAAAAAGUAGCUGAG